AUGGAAGCCGAACAAGACCUCGACGCGUGGAGACGUUACAUCCCCCAAUUGGAAGAAAGUCAUCCAGUGGGCGUCUGCAAAUCCGAUUAUUGCCAUGAUAACCACCAUGAGUGUAUUCCUUCGCCCCACACGAUGGCUUGUCAGCCUUGUAUCAGCACCGGCCAUCAGUGUUCCUUCCGAGAGGACUUUAUCGCCCAUCGGGUCGCAGAAGCUAUGCCCUGGACCGCCAAACAAGUUGCCGAGUUCGUUGACGAGUAUGACUACCACCGCGUCGUUCAGUAUCCUUACAUGAAAGCAUACGGCCGCCAUAGCAAUGUCGUUCCACCCUUUUCAAACGUGGUCUAUGCUGCGUACCACGCUGAGCGCAGGGCCGAAGAAGUCAAGGCAGACGUCGCCGCAUUGAAGAAAGAAGUCGAAGAUCAUCAGUGGAAGCAGUUCCAGACAUUCCAAAAAAUGGGUUAUCAAAAUCACCGCAUCAGCCAUCUGUCCUCCAUCCUUCGUCGAGUUCGCUCCGUUAUCCGUGACGCCUACGGGGAAGUUAGAGUAGAUGCCCCGGCCGAAGAUGGAAUGCCUCAUCCUCCUCUCCAUCAAAUCAGUGAAUUAAUAUUCAACUCAUUGGAUGAGACCCUGAUGGACUCUCCAGAAGAUGCAUACGUUAACCGUACUCUUUCCCAAGAGCCUUGA